AUGAAUAAAGAUAAUAAUUCUUUAAAUUUAGCAGUAAAUUUACCACAUAUCUUAUUAUACAAAAUCAUAAACUAUCUUGAUUGUAAUUUAGAUAGAAUUACAUUCAGUCUAGUUUAUGAACAAAAUAUAAAUGAUAUUUUGAUUCCUGAAAAUGUUAGCCAACUUAUCUUUGAAAAUACUUUAAAUCAAAGUAUGACUUCAAAGUUUUAUGAAAGAUUGGCAAACUCUAAUGUAAGAACCAUCGAAUUCCGAGGAGAAGUAGAUUUCAAAUUCGAAAAGAUUCCAUCCAACAUCAAGGAAAUUAUCAUCGAGGAUAACUUCCCAUUCAAAUGUCUACCCGAUAAUCUUGAGACCAUUUCCUUUGGAAACUAUGAAUACGAUGAAACGGAAGUGAGAAACGGAACUACCUUUAUUCGCACCAGUCUCCUACCAAAGAAUCUAAAGGAAGCGGAGUUCCGUAGCUACCCAAGAGAGUUGCAACUCGACACCUUCCCACAGAAUCUUGAAACACUCAGAUUCGAAUAUAUUUCAGAUUGUGAGCUCGAUAAUCUAAAUGAAUUGAUCGUGUUUCCAACCAGCAUCAAAGAGAUCUCGAUGAAGUUGAAUUGGUUACCAAACAUCAAACCUCUGAAAUCCAUUCAAACAAUGUAUCUAUAUUUGAAUUACAAUGACAUUGGAAUUAUCCAACCUGGAGAUAUCCCUCAAUCAGUUACAGAACUCCACCUCUCUGUCCAAGAGAACAUUCCAUUGGAAUCACAGAGUUUAUCGCUCACCAAAGAGAUUCUUCCAAGCCGCUUGAAAAAGUUGGAAUUUCUUGAGGGACCAUACAAGAUGGCCGACGAUCUACUCUCUCAGAUGACACAGCUGAAAUACCUAAGAUUGAAUGUCUUUGAGAACAGACAGCUUCCAACCAACUUUAUUCCAGCGACAGUCAAGGAGUUGCAUCUACAACUCGCCAAUGACAUACCGUUGAGUGUCGUCACCAUACCGCCAUCAGUGGAAUCACUCUACAUUGAGAACUAUUCACUUUCGAUCAACGAAGAAAUCGCAUCUCAUAUUCCACCAACAGUUAAGCGAUUGUAUUUCAACAAUGGUUUCCUUCUUAACAACGACAUUCAAUCUAUUCCAAACACAAUCUCACUCCUUACCAUGACAACCUUCCACAGUAGAAAGAAAGUACAACUUAAAAGACUUGACAAUGAGAACUAUAUCCUCUUGAAAAUAAAUGACUACUACAGUAAUGAUAAGCAAAUUGAAUGUGGUUUCAUUAACUACACUCAAAUCAAUCAAUCAUUACAACAAUCACAACUAUUUUAA